GAUUAGAGAUGAGAGAUUAACACAGGCGGGAGAGCUGAAGUCUUUUUCUCCAUCUCCAUUGGUGAGUCAGUGUAAAGAUAGAAGAGCUAUGCAGACAUCAGGAAAUCAGUACUUCAGUCUUCCUUGGGAUACCUGAUCCAGGUAUCUUCUCUCCUGUAUUCAGCAAGUUACCAGUUUUGAGAUCCUGUUCAGUCCUCUGAAGCAGAUUUCUACUGCAUGCCUUGGAUACAUGCUUCUAAUCAGCUUACGAGCUUUCCUUGACCUGUGCUUCUUUUCCUAACACUGAUCUGACUAUGGCUGUCCUCAAAGUAAAAUUCACCAAAACUAAAAGGGACAAAUUGGCUCAGAUCUUAUGGAUCCUCAACUGGGUUUCGGUAGUAAGCGGGGUCAUUCUCUUCAGUCUUGGCCUCUUUCUGAAAAUAGAGAUCAAGAAGCGCAAUGAAGUGAUGGCAAAAGGGGACAUUAACUCUGUCCCCAACAUGCUGAUCUCUGUAGGGGUCAUAGCUUGUAUCAUCAACUUUCUGGGUGGCAAAAUCUGCUAUGACUGCUCAGAUGCCAACAAGUUCUCUCGAUGGAAACUAGUUAUGCUCCCCUACAUCGUAUGUACCUUCUGUUUUACCUUCUGCAUCCUGGUGGGUGCUCUCUUGUGCUAUACCAUGAGGAACGAGCUGGAAGAGUCUCUCUAUCUGGGACUGAGGGAUGCUAUUAAGUUCUAUAAGGACACAGACAUACCUGGACGAUGUUUCUUAAAGAAAACAGUGGAUAUGUUACAAAUUGGAUUCCAGUGCUGUGGAAACAACGGCUUUAGAGACUGGUUUGAAAUUCAGUGGAUAUCUACUCGUUAUCUGAAUAUGGCUUCCGAGGAAGUGCUGGACCGUCUAAAGAGCAACGUCGAUGGGAAGUUCUUGGUGGAUGGAGUACCCUUCAGCUGCUGCAACCCAGGCUCCCCACGGCCCUGCAUCCAGUACCAGCUGACAAACAACAGUGCUCACUACACCUAUGAUUUUCUGACAGAGGAGCUCAAUAUCUGGAUGAGGGGGUGCAGAGAGGCCCUGCUGGAGUACUACACAGCUAUUAUGAGAUCCAUUGGUAUUACAGCAUUGCUUAUUUGGUUGUUCGAGCUCUCUGUACUCAUCGGUGUCCGGUACCUACAAACAGCAAUGAAGAAUGUCCUUCUGCUAGGAGAUCUGGAGGGUGAAUCAGAAGGUUGGUUACUAGAAAACAGCUUUGUGGAAACUGCCAAAUACAACAUCAGCAUCAUUAAAAACCUUGGCAAAGCCAACCAGAUCUCCACUGUCUCAGGCAUAAAAGACCCCAACAUUGAUGUUCGAAACACAAACUGUGGCAAAACCAAUGAUACAACAAAAUCUAUCCCAGCAGCUAGCUAGGCAAGUCUCCAAAGAAACGACAUCACAAGUGUAGCUUUGACAUAUUACAGUCUUACAGUUAACAGAUUUAUCAAUGGGGGGGGAAAAAAGGGUAGGAAAACUAGUAAGACAACUGAACAUACCAUGGACUAGAGGCAGCACCAAAACCAUACUUUUUUGAUACUUCUUCUUUGGCUGGAUGUAUUUUUACUCAUUCUUGUGAAAUCCCUGAUUUUCAACACUGCACAAAAACUUUUGGAAUUUUCCCCAUUUACUCUCCCUUGCUUGCAUACUUCUGUCAUGUUCUGAAUACAUCAGAAUAAUCAUUAUGCACAAGGAAAUAUUCCAGAUAGAUCCGUCUACCGUGUACCAACAAAGUUUGUCAUUACUGGCAUUACAUCUAUAGAAAUCCCAUCAGAAGGGAAAUCCCAAAAGAAAUUAUUACACUGGAUAAAAUGGUUCUUUAAAAAAAAAAGACAAAAACUAUGAAAUGAAAACUCUGUUAGUCCAAGUUAGGAUAGAGAGAACUUAUACAUAUAUUGCAGCCCUUCUGAAAGAACCUAGGUGAAAUUGAGUUGAAGGCAAUGAAAGUUGGCAUCACGUAUUUCACUGUUCUUGAGGGUUUUUUCCAAAAUAGUCUGAAGUACCUCUUCAUUUUUCUCCUUCCAUAGUUUAGAGAAAGCCAGCUGCCAUACUGCUGGAAAGAGUUCUCUGCUCAAGAAUAUAACCGACAGCUCAUGCCAGGACAUUUAAAAUUCCAAGUAGCAUGCGAUAGCACAAGUUUAAGACCAAGCAGAUAUUUCUCAUAAAACAAAUACUGAUGAUUCUAGAUGUUUAAAAGCUCCUAAUUUCAAAAGUACUUACAUAGAUCCAGGGGCUGGAAGAUAAGGGAUUAUUUGGAACCAGCGAAGGCAAAGGUAGACUGAGAGAACUCCCGUCACGUUCCUAGUACAGCGCUCCGGAACGAUGUCAAUGCAUGGAGUGAAAGCCUGCUACACCCGAGACACUUGUAGUUACCUACGACCGUAAUUCAUCAUUAAUAGUAAGCAGGAAAAACAUACCAAUAGAGGAUGAAAAACCAAAUGAAAUAUUUUACUUCUUACUGUUCCGAAUAAGACAUUGUUUGAAUAUAACUUUGGACAGCUUGUGCAUUCUUUGUGUAUAAUCAAGUAAAAGAAGUUAUAUAAUUGGGAUAUUCAAAGCAGAUCUAUUCUUGCUUUUGAAAUUGUGCAAAAGUAACAGUGAAGAUUCCUUUACCUGCCUAAACAGCGUUGUUUUCUGUAACACUAGAAUAAGCAAGAAUAUAUUGUAAAUAAAGUGUGUGAUGUAAUAAUUUGUACUGUAAUUCAAGCUGGCUAUAUACAUGAUCAUAAUUUCAAAUGCAAUUGCUUCACUGCUUAAAAUUUUAGGCCUAUUCUUAAGUAUGUUAAAAAGAAAAAUGGACAGAUGGGGUUUGCCUGUAGCAGAUGUUUUGCGAAAGGCAAGUAAAAGGCAAGACCAUUAGAAAACAGUUCUUUCCUCUCAACUUCCAGGAAAGAGCAGUUUGGGACUUGAUAUGACAAAGAAGGUAUUUGUGUCACUGUACUUAAUAAAUCUCAGAGGAUAUUUUUAUCUAUGAA